CAUGAUGAGAUCUAUAUCAAUAUUUGCGUUGGCACUACUGUGGGCCUAUACUGAGGCACUACCACAGGAUCGUAUUAUCAAUGGCAAUGAUGCAGCCGUGGGACAAAUUCCUUUUCAGGUUGGUCUUUCGCUCAGCGACACCCUCCAGAAUAAAUGGUGUGGUGGCUCAAUAAUAAGCACAAAUUGGAUUUUGACGGCAGCUCAUUGCACAGACGGUACCGUUUAUGCAAUUAUUUAUUUGGGUGCCACCGAUCGUACUAAGCCGGAAAAAGUUCUAUAUGUGACCAACGCCAAUUAUAUACAACAUGAAGACUAUCAACCAGCUCCUUAUGUAAUGAACGAUAUAUCACUAAUUAAAAUUCCAACAAUUAUAUAUACCAAAAAUAUACAAAAAGUUGCAAUUCCCAAAAUCUCAACGAGUUAUUCUUCCUAUGCUGGUAACAUUGCUACAGCUUCCGGUUGGGGUAUAAUCAAAGACAACACCAAUGUCCAACCUUUAAACUUACAAUAUAUACGUUUGAAAGUUAUAACGAACAGUUUAUGCAAUGAAACCUAUCACUCUAACUUAGUUCACAAAGGAUCACUCUGCACUGCUACUCCACAAGCUACUACUACUUGUGAUGGUGAUUCUGGUGGCCCUCUAGUAGAUAUGUCCAGUGGUAGACUAAUUGGUAUUAACUCAUUCGUGUCAGGAAAUGGUUGUGAAGUUGGAGAUCCCGCUGGAUUCGUUCGAGUAACAGCAUACUUGAACUGGAUUCGGAAAAAUAGUGGUGUAGUAGGAGUGUAAACUGGAUUAUAUGUACAUAUAUGUGUUUAUAUAUAUCGAACAGUUUGCCAUUAUUAAAAUUUCUUGUUUAUAUUUACUA